GGGAUUCCCGGGACCGUCGCAGGGAGCAGAGCUCGGCGCGCUCGGUGCGCGAUCUCGCCUGCCCCGGCGGUGCUCCUGGCCGCCGCGUCGGUCCGCUCGCUGGCCGGGUCCGGCUCCCCAGCCCGCCGUCCGGCUCCGGACCCAGACUCCACGGCCGCCGCGGGGAGCCGCCCACCCGCCCCUGCCCGGGGCCGCUCGCCGGCCCGACCCCGCCGUGCAUGUCACCUGGCAGGCGGCCGUCAUGGAAGGGGACGGUUCAGACUCGAUGGUUACCAUGAAGAAUAUCGAAAGGGAGCUAGUGUGCCCUGCCUGUAAGGAGCUGUUUACCCAUCCGUUGAUUCUCCCUUGUCAACACAGUAUCUGUCACAAGUGUGUGAAAGAGCUCUUACUCACGCUAGAUGAUUCCUUCAAUGACGUGGGGUCCGACAAUUCCAACCAGAGCAGCCCAAGAAUCCGGCUGGCUUCUCCCAGCAUGGAUAAGAUGGACAGGAUCAACAGACCAGGUCAGAAGAAGAUUUUAAAUGGUUGGAAACGCAAUUCAUUGACUCCCCGAACAACUACUUUUCCAUGCCCUGGCUGUGAACACGAUGUGGAUCUCGGCGAGCGGGGAAUCAAUGGUUUGUUUCGGAAUUUCACUUUGGAGGCUAUUGUUGAGCGUUAUAGGCAGGCGGCCAGGGCAGCCACGGCUAUUAUGUGUGACCUUUGUAAACCUCCGCCCCAGGAGUCCACCAAGAGCUGUAUGGACUGUAGCGCCAGCUACUGCAACGAGUGCUUCAAGAUCUACCACCCCUGGGGCACCGUGAAAGCCCAACAUGAGUAUGUGGGACCCACCACCAAUUUCAGGCCCAAGAUCUUAAUGUGCCCUGAGCACGAGACGGAACGAAUUAACAUGUACUGUGAGUUGUGCAGGAGGCCCGUGUGUCACCUCUGCAAGCUGGGCGGUAACCACUCCAACCACCGCGUCACCAGCAUGAGCAGUGCCUACAAAACCCUCAAGGAGAAACUGUCGAAGGAUAUUAACUACCUUCUUGGAAAAGAGAGCCAGGUGAAGAGUCAAAUUUCUGAGCUGAACUUGUUGAUGAAAGAAACGGAGUGUAACGGGGAGCGAGCUAAGGAGGAAGCCGUCGCGCAGUUCACGAAGCUCCACGGGCUUCUGGAGGAGAGGAAAUCAUCUGUCUUGAGAGCGAUCGACGCGUCUAAGAAACUGAGACUAGACAAAUUCCAGACUCAAGUGGAAGAAUAUCAGGGGCUUCUCGAGAACAGCGGGCUGGUGGGCUAUGCCCAGGAAGUGCUGGAGGAGACAGACCACUCUUGUUUUGUCCAGACAGCAAAACAGCUCCACCACAGGAUACAGAAGGCCACAGAGUCUUUGAAGAGCUUCCGGCCGGCUGCUCAGACUUCGUUUGAAGACUAUGUUGUUAACAUAUCGAAGCAAACGGAGCUGCUGGGAGAACUGUCCUUCUUCUCCAGCGGCAUAGAUGUGCCCGAGAUCAACGAGGAGCGGAGCAAAGUGUACAACAGUGCUCUGAUCAGCUGGGACCACCAGGAGAAGGAGAAGGCGGACAACUAUGUCCUCGAGUACCGCAAGGUCACCAGAGAUGACGAAAUGCUGUCCUGGAAUGAGGUCGAAGUGCUGGGCACCAGCAAGGUCAUCUCGGACCUGGAGAACAACUGCCUCUAUGCCUUCCGGGUCCGCGCCUACAAGGGCUCCAUCUGCAGCCCCAACAGCCGGGAGCUGCUUCUCCACACGCCCCCCGCGCCAGUGUUCAGCUUCCUGUUGGACGAGAAGUGCGGCUACAGCAGCGAGCACCUGCUCCUGAGCCUGAGGCGGGACCGCGUGGACAGCCGCGCCGGCUUCAACCUGCUGCUGUCGGCCGAGCGCAUCCAGGCGGGCGCCUACACCAGCCUGGACUACAUCGUGGGCGACGUGGGCAUCGCCAAGGGGAAGCACUUCUGGGCCUUCCGCGUGGAGCCCUACUCGUACCUGGUCAAGGCGGGCGUGGCCUCGGCCGAGAAACUCCAGGAGUGGUUCCGCUCCCCCUCCGACUCGGGCAGCCCCAGGUAUGAGCAGGACAGCGGCCACGACAGCGGCAGUGAAGAGACCUGCUUCGAUUCGGCCCAGCCCUUCACGAUGGUCACUCUGGGCAUGAGGAAGUUUUUUGUGCCCAAGUCGUCCACCGCGGCUGGCGGCGGCGGCGGCAGCACCGAGGCCCGUGUCCUGCCCAUGCCCAGCUGCAUCGGGGUGUGCCUGGACUGCGACCAGGGCCGGGUGAGCUUCUACGACACGGAGCACAUGCGCUGCCUGUACGAGCGCCCCGUGGACUGCUCCCAGACCAUGUUCCCCGCCUUCGCGCUCAUGGGCAGCGGCGCCGUCCAGCUGGAGGAGCCCAUCACGGCCAAGUACCUCGACUACCCAGACGACAUGUAGGGCAGGCAGCGGACGGGACUUAGGGUACGGCGAGACGGGAAGGCGUGAAGGAAGGCCAUGUGUCCGCGACCUUUGCCACGGUGAUUACAGAUCGUCUAAGGGCUCUGCCCCCAUGCCUGGCUGCGUGUGUCUUUCUUCUCGCCGGAGGGGUCAGCGCGGAGGUGGGUUGACCGGGCCACACCCCACCUGCCGCUCUGAGCAUCAGGACAUCCAGCUCGAGUCCAGCAGCGGGCGGUGCCCGCUGGACACCCCUUUUUGGGCGGGGGGAGGGGGGCUACCGACGGAUUUGUUGCGUGUCUUCUCUCAAGUUUGCUUCCUGGCUUCUCUGUCACGUGUGUGUCCUAAGAAGCCGGGUUCUAAAUGCCUUAUGGGUAGAAACGUGUAGUAAGCGCCGUGUCUCUCUCGUGUUUGCUUGGACUAGGAAGAUAAGAGCAUAGGUAAGUUAAAAACACAUAGGCAUGAUAGCAUAUUUAAAUGGGAAAUUAGGUAUUUUAAGGUGUGUAAUUAAGUGAUGAGUACAAUGCCUGCAAAAUGAAUACUGCUUGUUGGUUUUUUUUUUUUUCAAGAAGACCAGAAAUUAUCUCGUUUUUGUGGGAUGGGGGCGAGGUUUGGGCCACAGCUGUGGGUACUCAGGAAUUAUUCCUGGUGGUGCUCGGGGGGACCAUAUGGAAUGCCAGGGAUCCAACCUUGGUGGGCCACAUGCAAGGCCAACGCUCUGCCCGCUGUGCUAUCACGCCGGCCCCCAGAAAUUGUUCUCUUAAGGAGACAGGAAGGAUCCCCUUGGCUGGGUGCCCGCACCUGCCCGUCAUAAACAUGAUUUCUUGCAGGAAGCAGUUCUCAGCUCACCACAGGAAGCUUCGACAAGUUUUUUUUCUUUUUCAGAAAGAUUUGUCUUGAGAUAUUUUUUAUAGAUGUUAAUGAAGAGACACAGUUAUCUGUCCUAGUUUAUUGUUUGGACCACACUCAACUGUGCUCAGGGCUCGGGGGGACCGUCUGUGGUGCCUGCGACGGACCGGGUCAGCUGAGUGUGAGGCAAGUGCCCGAAGCACUGUACUCUUGUCUGGCCCCGUAUUUAUUCUUUUAUCUACUCUCUCUCUCUCUCUCUCUCUCUCUCUCUCUCUCUCUCUCUCUCUCACAGUUUUCAUUUGGGGCGCAAACAUUACAGUUGUUUAUGUUUACAUGCUUAGUUAAAGUUCUGUGGUCCAGUUUUAGUGUCAUUGAGAUUAUACCCUAUUCAGGGACGCCUGGGGUAGUGGCUAGGCCUUCCCUCUUUUUUUUUUUUUUGGUAGUUUUUAAUAUAUAAACAAAUACAAAUACAAAAAUAAUUAUCUAGGAAUAAUAAUAAAAAUCCUAAUAAUUGUGUAUUCUCCCCCAGAAGUUAAAAGUUCUUUUUAAUUUCAAGAAGUAUACUUUAUCUAAAUUUUACAGUUCUUUGGAAAAAUGUUCAUUCUGAGUUUUUUUGGGAGGAGGAUCCCACGCCUGGCAGUGCUCGGGUUACUCCUGGCUCUGUGCUCAAGAGUCACUCCCAGUGCUGCUUGGGGACACAUGGGAUGCCGGGGGUCAAACCCAGGUCGGCUGUGUGCAAGGCAAGUGCCCUCCCCACUGUAGUAGUUCUCUGGCCCCAAGAUGGUUUUUAUUUAAACUCCCUCCCUCCUAUUUUUUUUUUAAACGUAGUGUUCCUAAACUAGACCAUGAUGCAUUUAGCACGAAUUCUACGUAUUACUUUGGAAUGUUGUGGACAUGCUUUAAUAGACUCACCAAAUGUGUAGAUAAUGGUUUUGUUUGUUUUGUUUUGGGGGAAGGUUAUAUGUUUUAAUCUGCAAUUUAGGCUGGUAAUAAUACGUUUUUCUGCCCCAACCCAAGCUGAAAAUAUCAUGGAGGAUUUCUCAGCUCAGUAGCCAGUAAGUACCUUUGCACCCAUGAGAAGCACUUUAUGGCAUGGGCUGAACUAGACAAACAGGCUGUUCCUGGGGCCAGUGUGCAAUAAAGCUGCUAACUUUAUGUACGUGGUCAGGUUUGAUGGUCUUGAGCCCGCGUAAGCACAGGUCAUGUAGACAUUUUAAAUACAAAGCUUUAAAGGAAUAAUAAAGCCGUUCAAAACAUUGUA